UGUGUAGAAGAGAGAGAGAGAGAGAGAGAGGAGGGAAAUAAAAGGGAAGAAAGAAGAGGAGUGAGUUGGUAGAACGACUACCGAGUCGGGUUGAACGAGUUAGGGGUGACCAAUCUAAACAAAACAAAAACCACACACACACACAGGAGGGUCAGUAGGUCUGGUCUGGUCAGUCAGGCAAAAACCAAACUUGGGCUUUGGGUCUUUCUUUCUUUCUUUCUUUCCUUCUUUCUUUGUUUUUGGGAUUGGGGGGGGGGGGGGGUUUGUGUGGAAUUAGCAAAAUGGUGAACGCCAAGAUUAUUAGCCUUCCUCUCUUCUUCUUUACCACCACCACCUCCUUUCUCUCUUUCUCUCACAUUACCCUAAAUACUCCAAACUCUUCUAUCCCUAACCCUAAUUCCCCUAUAUCUCUAUAUAUCCAAAACCAGACUCCACCCUCUUCUUUUCGCUCACCCAAAACCCAAUUUCUCUCUCUCUCUCUCUCGUCUCUCUGGGUUUUGCUUCCUCUCUCCAAAGGUCUACGCUUUCUUACAGUUUUGGGAUUUUACUGCGCGCCCAAUUUCUCAAGGAUUUUCGGCAUUACUGGAGUACUUGGUUGCCGCGGUUUUUUUUGUUUCGUACUUCAUGUUUUUGAUAAGUGGUGGCAUCACAAGAACUGGUCUAUAGCAACAGUGCCCUCAUGGAAGAGUUUAGUACUCCUAGAUUGGAUAUCAGCAAUGCUGUGAGAAAGAAAAGAAGUCAAACCUUUCGCCGACCUCGACCUGAUUCACAACCAUCACCUGAAAUUCAUGAUCAGUCGCCGUUGUCAUCACGUUCGGAUGAACUGAGCAAGGUCUCCAGUGAUGAGAAUGCUGGUUGUGAUACCAAUUCUAAGCGGAAAGAAUUGAGUCUUAAUGAAUGUAUGACUAGAGUUUCUUCUGCUGGGGGUAAUGGUGAAAAACCCCACAUAAAAGAUAGAAAGGAUAGAGGGUUCAAUUCAUUUUACAAUAAUGAGCCGGGACGAAAUGGGAUCAGUAAUAAACGCUCUAGCGAAGGUGUCCUUGCCCCUGCUAAUUGGAAAAGCACAAGCACAGUGAAGGAUGGUUUGAUAUCUGAGUCAAGAAGUGCAGGUGCAGCUAAUGGUGGGCAUGGUGGAAGUCCGAGUACUAGGCUGUCAGGAUCAGAUGGAUUUGGAAAUGAGAACAAGGCUAAAAAGGUCAAGCUCAAGGUUGGUGGUGCUACCCGGACAAUUCAAGCCAAUUCUGUAGUCAAUGGUACAAAAGAGGAGGGGUCUUCAACAAAGUUAUCUCGAUCUUCAGAUGUCUCUAAACCACGGCAGAAGCAAAAUCUUCUGUCAAAUUCAGAUGAGAAUCAUUCCCCUUUAGAUAGGAAGAGUGGUUUGAAAGGAAUUCCAUGGAAGGAUUUCUCAAGAAGUGGUAUUAAUCUUGGGAAGGAUCUGGAUCAGUCUACAAUGGUUCGGACAUCCGGAAAGAACAGCUCUGGAAAGGAAGGAGAUAGAUCUGAACCUGUUCGUAAGAGCAAGCGUGUACCCAAGAGGCGUGUACUUGAUGGAGAGUUUGGAGACGAUGAGGAAGAUGAUGAGAUUCGGUUUCUGGAGAAACUCAAAACAUCUAAGGUUACUGGAGGAUUUAGAGAAGAAGAUGAUGAAGAGUCAAGCAGGAAACAUAGAAAACUUUCUGUAGUUUCUAGUAUUGAUAAUGGUGGUCCAUCAAGGUCAGGCAAAGACCUAAAGAGGAAGUCAAGACCUGAUAGAGUAUCAGGAGACGCUGAUUAUGAAGAAGAAGAUUCAUUAUCUGAUGGUGAGCUUGAAGGUAAAAAGAAGCAGAAGAAGGAAGCUGUUGAGCCUUUGUUAGAUGGUAAGAGGGAAUUGACCCUCACAACACGUCAACGGGCCCUUCAGUCGAGCAAAGAUGCCUCUUCAUCCCCUGGUUCAAGCUUAAUUGAAUUUCCGAAUGGAUUACCACCUGCACCACCUAGAAAACAAAAAGAGAAAUCUACAGAAUAUGACCAGCAGGUGAAGAAAGCUGAGGCUGCUCAGAGACGAAGAAUGCAAAUUGAGAAGGCUGCUAGGGAAUCUGAGGAGGAGGCUAUUAGAAAAAUACUUGGCCAAGAUUCUAGUAGGAAAAAGAAGGAAGACAAAAUAAAGAAGCGCCAAGAAGAACUGGCACAGGAGAAGGCUGCUAAUGCUUUGGCGCUUGCAUCAAGCACCAUCAGAUAUGUGAUGGGCCCAAUGGGAACUACAGUAACAUUCCCAGAUGAUAUGGGUCUCCCCAGUUUAUUUGACCCUAAACCUCACGGUUAUCCUCCUCAGCGUGAGAAAUGUGCGGGCCCAUCAUGUAUGAAUCCCUACAAGUAUAGGGAUUCUAAGUCAAAGCUUCCUCUUUGCAGUCUUGGGUGCUACAAGGCUGUCCAGGAAAAGACGCAAGCAGAAACUACCAGCUAAUGUUUGCAACAAUCUUGUUCUGUCCUUUAUUUUUCAAGUCUUGGGUGAUCCUGCAGAGCUGGUUGAUCACUCUUGGUAUAUAUUCCGGGAUCGGUGGAGAAGCGUUGAUUCUUAACUAGGUGCGGAGAAGUUCAUACAAGUACAGAUUGUUUUUCCGGCUGCAAAAUAAUGUCUCAUUCAUGUUGGUAUAAAAACAAUCUCCUUCAUAGUUUAUGAUAAUGGUAUUCCAUUGGUUUUGGAAGGCGGGGAGUAACAUGGGACUAUGGGAGUGGCCAAAGAUUAAUUUUCUUCAGUUUACAAAAGAAAAAUAAUAACAAUGUAUGCUGGUUUAAUCAAUUACAUACAGUUGUCGAGAAUAUAUUUCUCUGCUACAGUAUGUUGAGAAGUAUCAUACAACUGUAAGCUUUAAGCCGAAACAGAUUGAUUGGAUACAGGUUUAUCAUUUGAUAGUUGACAAUAUGUACUCUCUUUUUACCCUGAUG